AAAUUAUUAUUAUAUAUUAUAAAAUAAGAAGCCUGCCCAAAGAUGCAAAACCUUUGAAGAUCAGGAAAUUUUCGCAUUUAACUCAUCCAAAAAAUGCAACCAUUUUAAUAUUUCCAGCGUAGCAAGCAUGUCAUGCGAACCCGUGUCAUGGUUUUGGCCAAAUCUGAAGCAGGACAUCAGUUGGCCAGGAGCCGGCGGUGAAUCAGGAUGUUGCCCAGUGCCGUGCACAAUGUGAGCCUGGUUUACGCCCUGGUUUGGGCCAUUGAUAACUACUAUGGAAUGGCCACCAGCACACCGCUGGCGGUGGUGCAGUUUCCCACCAGUCGGGAGAGCAGGCGACUGCACAACGAUAUGAUAGACGCCGCCCUCUUCCGAUCCUCGGCCACGGGCAGAAUCCAGUUUCUCCUGGAGGAUGACCGCGUGGAGAUGACGGAACAAAACAAUACGGAACUGCCGCCACCAAGUGGAUUGACUGGCAGACCGAUUGCCAUUUGGUUUCUGGACAGCCUGCGUUCGUACUUCCGCCUGGAGAUGUAUCUCAAUCAGUUGGGCAGUCCGUACAAGAGGAAUGGCUUCUUUCUGGUCGUUUACACCGGACUGGAGGAGCAGCCCGUGGAGUCGCUGAAGAUUAUGUUUCGACGUUUGCUCAACAUCUAUGUGAUCAAUGUGAUUGUGUUCCUGCAAAGAGAUGACACCGUCCACUUGUACACCUACUAUCCGUAUGGACCGCAUCACUGUCAGUCCUCGCUGCCCGUCUACUAUACCGCUUUCCAGGAUCUACCUGCACCGGCGACGGGUUUCGGUCUCACCAAGCCGCUCUUUCCCAGCAAAUUGGGCAACCUGCAUGGCUGCCAAUUGGUGGUGGCCACCUUCGAGCAUCGGCCUUACGUGCACAUCGAAGAUGAUCCCAAGACGCCGGGUGGCAGGAUCAUACUGGGCAUCGAGGGUUUGAUUUUUCGCUCCCUGGCCGAGCGGAUGAACUUCACAGUUAAAUUGCUGGAGCGGCAGGAUAAGAACCGCGGCGAAAUUUUGCCCGAUGGCAAUGUUACGGGUAUCCUGAAAAUGAUGGUCGACGGCGAGGUGAAUCUGACAUUCGUGUGCUUCAUGUACAACAAAGCCCGUUCGGACCUGAUGCUACCCAGUAUUUCGCACGCAAGUUUCCCGAUUGUGCUCGUCAUACCGAGUGGUGGUUCCAUAUCGCCCAUGGGUCGAUUGACACGACCAUUUCGCUACAUCAUCUGGUCCUGCAUUGCGGUUAGCCUGCUGCUCGGUUUCCUGCUGAUCAGUCAUCUGAGGAUCACCGCUGCGCCGGAACUGCGGCAUCUGGUGCUGGGCAGGCACAAUCAUCGUCCCUGCCUGGGCAUGUGGAGCAGUCUGCUCGGCGGUCUGGCCAUUUACAAUCCGCAAAGGAACUUUGCCAGAUUCAUUCUGGUCAUGUGGCUGCUCCAGGCACUGAUACUCCGUGCCGCCUAUACGGGUCAGUUGUACCUCCUGCUGCAGGAUGUCGAGAUGCGUUCGCCGAUCAAAACCCUCGGCGAGGCGCAGGCCAAGGGCUAUGAGUUCCGUAUUCUGCCCGCUCUGCGCACGGUCUUCAAGGAUUCGAUGCCCAGCACCAAUUUCCAAGUGGUCUUCUCACAGGAGGAGUCAUUGCUCCGGCUGCGGGAUGAGGAUGAUGCGGGUAUUGCAGUGGCACUGCUACAGCCCACCAUCUAUCAGUUUGACUACCGUUCGGGGCCAAAUGCGAGGCACCUCACCGUCCUGCCCGAUCCCCUGAUGACCGCGCCCCUAACCUUCUACAUGCGACCACAUUCCUACUUCAAGCGGCGCAUCGAUCGCCUGCUCAUGGCCAUGAUGUCCUCGGGCAUUGUGGCCCGGUAUCGCAGGAUGUACUUGGACCGCAUCAAACCGGUGGCCAAGCGGCGCAGACUGGAGCCCAAGCCAUUGUCCAUGUGGCGGCUGGGUGGAGUGUUCGUUUGCUCCGCAGGACUCUAUCUGCUGGCCUUGCUUGUCUUUAUCCUGGAGCUUUUGAGCAGGCAGCAUUCAAGAUUACGCCGGAUUUUGGAUGUAAUUAACAGAUAUGCCGCAUAAAAAAUAUAUAUUGAAGCUUUUU